AUGAAUACCUACUAACAAUUAGUCAAUUCUGUUGUAGUAGCACCAACAAAUGAAUAUCCUAAAAGAGAAUUUAUAUUAACAAAGCUUUUUGGAGUUGGAAAUGAGGGAGCAGCAUAUUUUGCUACUGCUUAUAAUUGGGGUAAUAAUCCUAAACAAGUUUCCCUUAAAUUACAAAAUAAUAUGAAAUAAAAUUAGAAAUAGUUUAUAUAAAGCCUAAUAGAAUAACAAAAUACUUAUGAGAAAGGAAACAAUUAACAAUACCUCCCCAGUAAUAUAAUCAGAAUCUAUGAAUAUUUUGAAUGGGAAUCUUACAAUUGCAUUAUUAUGGAAGAAGGCUCAGAAAGUUUAUAUGAUUACAUAGCUAAAAAUAACAAUUAAUCCAUAGAUGACAAAAUAAAAAUAUGUUUUUAAGUAAUAAUUUAAUUUUUAAAAAACUUAUAGAUAAUUCAACCAAUCCAUUUUUUACAUAAAUAAAAAUUAAUCCAUCGAGAUAUCAGGCCAGAAAAUUAUAUAAAAGUAGGAGAUAAUUUUAAAUUAAUUGACUUUGGAUUGGUUCAAGGUUCUGCCCCUUUCGACUUAAAAACUUAACCAGUUGGCACAUUAAUAUUUCAAGCACCAGAACUUAUAGAAUCAUAGAAUAAUUUUACAGAAAAAGUAGAUAUCUGGGCGUUGGCAUGCGUAUUUUACGAAGUAUUAUCUUUUAAAUCAUUAUUUGUUGGUAUACUAAAUUUAUAUUUUUAGGAUAAACUUUCAAUUAAAUAAGCAUUUAAAUAAAAAAACAUAAAACUGACCUCGCCUGGGUUCAUAAUAAAAUAAAUUAAUUAUAAACUCCAGAAGAGAUUAAAAAAUUGAUAAUAUCAAUGUUGAAUUAUACUGAUAAAGAACGACCUUCAAUAGAUAAGGUUUGUGAUGAGUUUUAAAAAUACUUAAAUAAAAAUAAUAUUGCUUAAUAAGUUGCAAAUAAUCAAUCAACUCUUACAAGUCCUGCAAAUCAAUAACCAUUUUAAGGUAACUUAACUGAAGCAUAAAUAAUAAAACUUAUUGAAGACAAAUAUGAAUCAAAGAUUUAAUUUUUAAAAGUUUAAAAAGAAACUUUUAAAAAAUAAAUUGACUCUUAGUAAAAUGAAAUAGACUAACUAAAAUUGUAAUUAUAAGCGGCACCUGAUAUUAAUUUAAACAAAUUAAGUGAACCAUAAAUAACAAAACUUAUUGAAAAUAAAUGCUAAUCAAUAAUUUUAAAAUUAUUAGAAGUUUAAAAAGAAAUUCAUGAAAAAUAAAUUGAGUCUUAAUAAAAUGAAAUAAACCAACUUAAAUUGUAGUCAAAAGAUUAAGACAACAAGAUAGAAUAAUUAUAAUAAUAUAUCUAAUAAUAAUAAUAAUAAUAAUAAGAAUAAUAGAUCUAAUAAUAAUGUUAAUAAAAUUAAUAGAUCUAAUAAUAAUAAUAGAUCUAAGAUAAUAAAUUUAAAAUUGAAGCGCCUAAUUCUAAAUUUGUUAAUAGAAAAUUCGAAUUAAUAAAUAAACUUGGAGAAGGAGCACAAGGAUCUGUAUAUUUAGCUAAAUCAAUAAAUUGGGGAUUAUUUGAUUAAAAAUAAUAUGCCUUAAAAUUCUAACAAAUUACUAACGAUAAUGAAACUCAAUUUAUCGAUAACCUUAUAUAAUAUCAGAAUCAAUAUGAAAAUCAAUUUAAUAUAGAUUAAUAAAAUAAUUAACCAUCUGGGUUAAUUAGAAUUUAUGAAAGAUUUAAAUGGUAAGGCUAUGAUGUUCUGAUAAUGGAAAAAGGAGAAAUAGAUUUAUAACAAUUCAUUAAUGAAUAAAAAUAAUUAACAUUUCAAUAGAAACUUGAGAUUUUAAUUUAGGUAAUAUUUAUUAUUAUUUUAUAUUAGAUAUCUUAAUCUAUAUAAUUUUUACAUAAAUAAUAAUUAAUACAUAGAGACAUUAAACCUGAAAAUUUUAUUAAAAUAGGUAAUUAAUUUAAACUUAUUGAUUUUGGAUUAAUAAGAUUUAAUGAUUAAAUAAAUUUAACUAAAAGACCUGGUACAACUUAAUAUUCAGCGCCUGAAAUCAUAGAGUGUCAAAAAGUUUACACUUUGCUUGCAGAUGUUUGGUCUCUUGGAUGCGUAUUUUAUGAAAUUCUAUAAAAUUAAUAAUUAUUUACAGGUUAGUAUAUUUAUAUUACAAUAUAGGAGAAAGUGAGAAUAAAGCAAAAUAAUAAAUUAAAAAUUCAGAUUAUUUGACUAAAAAAAUAAAUUAACUAUAAGCAAAUGAAUAAAUGAAAAGUUUAAUGAAAAAAAUGCUCAAUCCAAAUUUUUAAUAAAGAAUCUAAAUAAAUGAAAUAGUGUAAACUUUAUAGAAUAUGGAGCGCAGUAUAUAUACAAUUGUUUAAUAAAAUUUCCCUUUUGUUAAAUAGAUAAAUAUACAAAAUAAUUAAGAAUAAACAUUAAAAAACAAUUUAAUUUAAUUUCCAAUUUAGAAAGCAAGUCCUUGUUAAUUUAAAUGA